AUGGCUGAGGAUGCAAAAUUACGAAAAAGAAGGAGAAAGAUUGUCAGAUCGUGUACUUUCUGUAGAAGGAGAAAACUGAAAUGUGAUCAUGCAAAACCUAUGUGUAACCAGUGCCUGGAGCGCAAGCUGCCGAAUUGUCUUUAUACGGAUGACUUCAACUUCCAACUCACCACGGAUGAAUUGUUUAGUGAUUCUCCCAAUGUGGAGUUGAUAAGACGGGUGAAGGAAUUGGAGAGCAAAUUGGCCAUUAAGUUUGGUUGCGAUAAACCGCGAUCCUGUGCUAAUAACCCUUUGUGGGGGUACCGAACUUUUAUACAGGACCAAAGUCAGAAGAUCAUAUUUGGGCCAACUUCUUGGAGGACUACAGUAAUUGCUCAGGGUGAGAGGUUUCAAAGUGAAUAUAAAAAAUUAUGGGAGGUUAUCUUACCUGAACGAGACCGGUGGAUCCGUGAGCAGUGUGCGUCGCCUUUGGAGACUGUAAUGCGGACCAAAGACAAUGAUAGCCUUGUAAAUGAGGUUUGUAAGCAACUACCAUCAUUUUCAGAGAUUAAGAGUUUUGUCGUUAGGUUUUUUAGUGAUGACUACCACGACAUGUUUAGAGUCCUGGAUCGAGAAAAGACUUUGCAAGACUUGGAAGUAGGGUUUGUUCGGUCUGUCGAUGAUCCAAAUCGUGUUGUAAAAUUGAUCGAUCCAGAAGGAGAUGGGAACUUUUUCAAAGUGGCUUUGAUUCUCUGGAUUCUGAAUUUGCUCAAAUACGACGAUAAUACACCACCUAUCUUCCUAAAAUUCUUUCUAUCAUUGAAUGGUCUUGGUACUGCUUCUAGGUUUAAUUUUUUUGAAAGGGCCCAGUUGCUAGUGCUUCGAUUUCUCAGUAAAAUCUACUCUUCUUACGUGUGCAUUGGAACUUCACAACUCUCCAGUUUGGUCGCUGAACUUGUUGAAUGCUCAUUGAGCUUGGGCUUAGCGACUGUCGAUUGGUGUUACAAGGAUCAGGAACACCUUGUGGGACCCCUUUGGACAUUGAAGAACGUCUGGUUCUGGACCCUGUACGCUGAUGUCAUGGUGUCUUUCGAAAUAGGUAAACCCCUGCUUAUCUCAGAUGAUCAUUUUGAUCCUGAGCUUCUGGCUAAUUAUCCUCAUGACUCAUCUGGGCUGUUAUUAAGACGUCGUACUAUGCUCUUGGAAUUUUUACGAGCCUCUCGAAUAUGCAUGAGGGAAAUCAACCACAGGACAACUUCUGGUGAUAUAGGGUCAGCGAUUGACCGAUUGAUCACAUUUCUCAACGAACAGAUGUUACCGAUUCAAUACUACACUUCACUUGAUAAGAUUAGGACGGUUGAUUUCUUUGAUGUGAUCGUAUUAGCACCAACUCUUGGUAUGUUACAAAAUUUCCACAACAUUCAGCGUACUGGAUUAAAGCUGAAGACGACAUCAGUGACGAAUGGUCUGGUAAAAUUUGGUCUCUUAUCGCUAUCGUUAUGCGUGAAUACCAUCCUGGGCGUCUUUGAUAGAGAUCAACACACUGAUGGGGGCAAAGCCGCAUUGAACAUUGCGCUAUUACUAGUGAACCCACUAUUGAUGAGGGUAGUUUCCGAGAUCCAUGCUGCCUUCUUUCACAAGAUUUCUUUAUUUGAGAAGGGUCUACUUAAGAUCAACGACUCUAAAGAACCAAUUGAACUUGAAACUUUGGAGAUGCCUAAAGAUCAAUAUUAUUCUUUCACUGCCUCCAUAGAAAAAUUCAGGGAGAUUACAGAUCAACUUUUGAAUCCCGCAAACGAAGAGGUACAGAAAGCGUUUACCAAAUCCUACUCGAUCACUACGACUUUAGCGUUAGAAAGUCUCAGCAGAAACCUGUUCGAUAUAGGUCGACAAUCAAGAGAGAUGGCUGAGAAUUACUGUAAUUUUGAUGAUAAAUCCACCAUCUCGCAAGAUAUGCUGGACCAAAUGACUGAAAUCUUUUGGAGUACUUACGAGCAGCAAUCGCAGGAUUUAUGGUCGGUGAAACCACAAGGCUUUCAUGGCUUUCAGCACGAAUCCUUAGACUUUGAUGGAACAGUUCCUAGUGAGAACGGCACCGUGGAUCUCGAUGGGGAUAUUUAA